AUGGCCAAAGUGGUGCUGUUCCUUCUGGCGGCGGCCACGGCGGGGUGGGCAGCCAGCGGCUGGGCACCCAGCGCCGCGGCAGCGCAGGCAGCCCAAGGCGUUGCUGCCACCGCCACCUUAGGCGUCUACCUCUUGGCGGGCCUGCCGGCUGCGGUGGACCUGUCGUACGACCUCACCGCGGGCCACGUUGAUACCCAUGUCCUAAUGAAUUUGGCCGUACUGGGCACACUGGUUACGGGGCAUGCGCUGGAGGGCGCGCUGCUGCUGGUGCUGUUCCAGACAAGCCACGUGGUGGAGCACCUGCUGACCGACCGGGCACAGGGCAACCUGGCAGCUCUGUACGACGCAAUGCCCAAGGAGGCAGUGCUGGUGGGCAUGGGGCCCGACGGCCGCCCCGACCUGGCAUCGGCCCGCCGCGUGCUGGCGGCGGACGUCGCCGUGGGUGACUGCAUGCUGGUGAAGCCAGGGGAGCAGGUGCCACUUGAUGGUGCGGUCAUCCACGGCCGUGCCAUGGUCAGCUCGGAGCACAUCACUGGAGAGAGCCUGCCGGUGCUGCGCCGUGCCGGGGACGAGCUGGCGGCGGGCUCGCUGAACCGUGAUGGUGUGCUGGUGCUGCGUGCGCUGCGGCCGGCCGAAGAGUCCACGCCUGCUCGCAUCGCCAAGCUCACCCUGGAUGCGCAGGCCAAGCGCCCGCAGCUGCGCACGUGGCUGGACCAGUUUGGCGAGCUGUACAGCAAGGGCGUGAUAGCCGCCUCGGUCGGCCUGCUGGCGGUACUGCUGCUGUCGGGCGUGCCGCUGCUGGGCGCCGCCGGUCAGCGUGGCGCCUUCUAUCGGGCCAUGGGCCUGCUCACUGUGGCCUCCCCUUGCGCCCUGGUCAUGGUACCGCUGGCAUAUGUGUCGGCCAUCGCCGCCAUCGCCUCCAGGCGAGCCUGCGCUGCGGGCAUCCUGGUGAAGGGCGGCCGAGUGUUGGAUGCUCUAGCCCGCUGCAGCACUGUGGCGUUUGACAAGACAGGCACCCUCACGACUGGCUCCCUGUCCUGCACAUCGAUGCGCCCGCUGGGCUCUGGCGGGGCCAGCGGCAGCAGCGCCAGCGUCCUGGGCCUGGCGCCGCGCGAGGCGGCGGCAGCCAAGCGCACCGCCAUCGGCGCGGCCGUGGCGCUGUCCCUGCGCAGCAGCCAUCCCGUGUCGGAUGCGGUGGUGCUUCACGGGCAGCAGGCAGGGCUGGAUGGCAGCAGCGAGGAAGUGCUGGACUUUGAGCUGGUGCCUGGUGGCGGCGUGCAGGGGCUCGUGAGCAGCGGUGGCAGCUCGCGGCAGCGGCAGCAGCAGUACCUCGCGGCCUUUGGCUCUGCAGAGUUUGUGAGCAGCCGGCUGACGGCGGCGGAGCAGGCGGCAGUGGAGAAGCUGGUGGCGGGCCAGGGCACCUCUGGUGUGCUCUCUGUGCUUGUCCUGGAGCCGGCAGCCACGGGCAGCAGCUCCAACGGUCAGUCAUCUGGCGGCGGCAGCGGCAAUGGAGUUGCGAGCAGCAGCCGCGCCGCCAGCCGCAGCGUGUGGGUCAUGAGCUUUGAGGACAGCGUGCGCAAGCAAAGUGCGGCGGCAGUCCGGGAGCUGCAGACGGGCUCCUGGACGGGACGCGCCUCUCAGGCCAGCCGCAUGGAAGUGACCAUGCUGACGGGCGACAACGAGGCCAGCGCGCUGGGAAUUGCCAAGAAGCUGGGCAUACGCACGGUGUGGGCCGCUCUCAGCCCAGAGGAGAAGCUGGAGCAUGUGCAGCAGCUCAGUGCUCGCAGCCAUGUCGACUGCCGCGACGGCAGCGACGGCAGCUCGUCGGUGCCGCCUGUGGGCAAGUUGCGGAGCCGCAAGGGCAGCAGGGGCGGCGGCAGGGGCGGCAGCGGGCGUGGCAGCGGGUGCAUCAUGGUGGGGGAUGGGAUCAACGAUGCCCCUGCGCUGGCGGCGGCUGAUGUGGGCGUGGCCAUUGCCUCCACCGCCACUGCGGCUGCCUCGCUGGCCGCGGACGUCAUUGUGGUGAAUGCCAGCGGAAUCGCGGCCGUCCCGCUGCUGCUCAAAAUUGCGCAGGCCACACAGACUGUCAUCCGGCAGAACCUGGUGCUGGCUGUGGGCAGCAUCCUAGCACUGUCCCUGCCCACCGUGCUGGGCUGGGUGCCCCUCUGGUUUGCCGUGAUGCUGCACGAGGGGUCCACCCUCCUAGUCGCAGUGAACUCCCUACGGCUGCUGGGCUUCAGCGCAGGCCUGAACCGGGGGAGCAGCAGCUGGCGCCCAGCUGGGCAGCGGACACAGCAGCAGCAAGAUGCUGAGGAGGGAGGAAUAGCAGCGGGUGGUGGUCGCAGGGAGGACGAGGCGGCAGGCAGCUGGCAAGCGCCGGUCGCUGCUAUGCCCGUGGCAGCCGUGCCGCCUGCCGCCUGA